GGGUGAUAUGGUGACGUUGUGAAGCACGUGCCACCGCGUGUGUGUGUGUGUGCAAGUGCGAGUGCGAGUGAAGUCCCAAACUCCCGCGCACGAUGGCCAACUGCCUUAAAUUAGUGUCUUCCUGGGUUGUGCCGCUUCUGGCGAUACUGCUGGUGCUCUGGUAUGGCACGGGACCGUACGGGACGGGUCCUGACAGACUGAUGUCUCGUCCUGCUGCUGGUGAAGGACUCAUACCGCCAGAUCCCGGCCAUACUGACCUCUCGGUGAAGCUGUCCUACACCACGUUGCACAUGUACGAAUCGGCGGCCAUCUGCUCGGACUCGGACAUCUGUAGCAACAUUGGCCGGGACCUGCUGAAACGCAAUGGUUCCGCAAUCGACGCCACGAUAGGGACCAUGUUCUGUGCCGGGUUGACGAACCUGCAGUCGAUGGGCCUUGGUGGGGGUUUCAUCAUGAACGUGUACAGGCGAAAAGAGCGCCGUGCCUAUACGCUAGAUGCUCGCGAGAUAGCGGCAGGUGCUGCGACAGAGGAGAUGCACCUGCACGAUCCCAGCACGACGAACGAGGGUCCACUUUCGAUGGCAAUUCCCGGCGAACUGAAGGGGUACUGGGAGGCGCACCAGCGCUUUGGAGAGCUUCCGUGGGCUGAGGUACUGCGCCCUACACAGGACCUGUGUCGACAGGGCAUCCCGAUAUCCAAGCACAUGCAGGACUCGCUCGCGUUCAACGCGAAGGCUCUUGCUGACAAGCAGAUCAGGGACCUGUUCACUGACCCGGUGACUGGUCGAGGAAAGCAGCAGGGUGAUCUGAUACAGCCUACGAAACUGUGUGACACGUUAGAUCGUAUUGCGCUUGAAGGAGGAGACGUACUGUAUAACGGUGAGCUAGCGGACAACUUCGCGGCAGAUCUUCGUGAUAUGGGUAGCAUCAUAACGGCGGAGGACCUACGGAGUUACAGCGUCCGAUGGAACGAUUCCAUACCGAUUGAUCUGCAAGGUGACACGAUGUACGUAGUGCCACCACCAGCGAGUGGUGUACUACUCGCGUUCAUCAUGAACAUCUUGCAGGGCUACAACUUCCAACCGGACGAUGCACGAACCAUCGAGCAGACCAUCCGUACUGUACACCGGAUUGUGGAGGCGUUCAAAUUCGCGUACGGCAAACGAACGGAGAUCGGUGAUCCUGCCUUUGUGGAUGUAGCAGAACUUGCUGCUAAUCUCACCUCACCGGAAUAUGCUGACGCCAUACGCAACAGAAUAGACGACAGACUGACUCGUAAGCAUCCGAUGGACUAUGAUGGUCAAUUCUUCACGCCAAACAACGAUGGCACGGCACACAUUUCGAUUCUAGCACCAUCGGGAGAUGCCGUUUCGGUGACGAGCUCAGUGAAUUUUUAUUUCGGUGCCGGUCUGAUGGGUCCUCGCACUGGCAUCAUCGUAAACAGCGGUAUGGAUGACUUCUCGUCGCCAGGUUUGCGCAAUUACUUUGGGCUACCCGGGUCCAGGGCUAACUUUAUACGGCCACACAAGCGAGCCCUCUCGUCAAUGUCGCCGACUAUAGUGACGGACUCGGAUCACAACGUUAAGCUGGUGGUCGGUGCUGCCGGAGGAACCAAAAUCACCACUGCAGUUGCUUUGACUUUAAUGCGUGUGCUUUGGUUUGGUUAUGACAUCAAGGAAGCGAUCGAUGCACCUCGGUUUCACCACCAGCUCGUUCCGAUGGCAGUUCAGUAUGAAUAUGGCAAUUUAGACGCUGUUGUAAAAGGGUUGCAAGAAAAAGGACAUCAGACGAUAAGGUACCGGGAACGGGGUUCCAUAAUUUGUGCGAUCGCCCAAAACGCGUCCGGUGUGUACGCAAACGCGGACUUCCGUAAGGGUGGUGAUGUAGCUGGUUUCUGAGCUUAGCAUGUUCUGCUCUUAUUAGCUCUAGAACAAGACGUUGAAAAAUCACGGGUAAUUACCAUUCUCUGUAAGCAAAGCAAUGCGGGCAGGAUUCACUUAUCUCAAAUAAGGUGGAAAAGUUGCUUGGGCAACGUUUUCCUGGUGCUAGUGGUUAAU